AUUUCCGUCAUCGGAAUCACCGAUAACGUUUCGUAGGUGACAUGUUCUGACUACCGAGGAAUCCAUCCUCUCGGUUGCAAGGACCCGGAAGCUUCGUUUUCCCGCUGGGAGAGACAUGAAAUCACCUUACGGCUGAAACCGAAGAGGCACGAUGAGUUCGACGGGACCGCUUGGUUUGCUCUGCCUUUAUUUGACUUUCCAAGCUGGGUCGAGUCUGACUUUCAAAAACAACAUACGUACCCGGCAGGAAUGGGUGUUCCUGGGUCGUUUCUGUUUCCUAUCGCUGCAAGGACAUUUCAAGUACAACAUCAGUUUUCCAAAGGAGUACGGCCCUGUCGAGCUGCUACUUUAUUACGACGCGCCCAACCUCUGGGAGACUGUGUACCGCUCUAAUCUCACUUGCAUCGAGCGCAUAAAGCCACUGGACAAGAAUCGCAAUCAGGUGAUCGUGCUGAAUCAAAACGAAGCCGACUGCUCGCUCAUCGACGAGCCCACGCCCAGAGUGCAAUGUGUCGGAGACAUAGGAUUCAAGACAGCCAGACCUCGCUGGUGGUACAUCGCUGCAGCUAACUGCCGGAAUCGAAGAACAAAUUAUACUGGCAUGGUUCUCCGCUACAGACUCGAUACUCUGAACGCCAAUAUCAGCGAGUGGUGGUUCCGCCACUUCUCCGCUGAUCAAUUCUAUAUACUCCACACCGACAUCGCCUUCCUGGUGAUGUACCUCAUUCUUUGCGUGCUCGCCAUCUACACAGCGAAUAAACUCCACGGUCGGAACCUGCUGCACAAAACAUACAAACUGUACAUGGUGUCACUGAGUUUCCAAUUAUCUCAUCUCGUCAUGAUCAUCUGUUACUACUGCAUCAUUGCUGAUUCUGGCCAGGACCGAACCGGUAUAAAGCUUCUGGCGAACAUCUUCACAACGAUUUCGACGCUGUCCCUGCAGCUUAUGUUGCUCCUGAUAGGCAAAGGUUACACGGUAACUCGCGCGCGCCUCAAAUACAAAACCACGGUGAAGAUCCACGCGCUCAUGGCUUCCUACACGGUCCUCUACGUGAGCCUUCUGAUGUAUGAGCAAUACGUUUUCGACCCGGGCUACGUCCUCUACCUGUAUGAGUCGCCCGCCGGAUACGCGAUCAUUGUCCUGAGAAUUCUGUCGUGGGCCUGGUUCGUUUACGCCGUCAUUUUCACGCUGUACAAAUAUCCGGAGAAGCUCUCCUUCUAUACGCAGCUAGUGGUAAUUUUCACAACAUGGUUCGUAUCCAUGCCGAUCUUGGUGCUGAUUGCGACUUUUGCGAUACCGAAUUGGUUCCGCGAAAGGAGCGUUGCGUUCGUCGAAGAGCUCAUCAUGGCAUUCGCUCAUAUUGCUUUCCUCCAUAUGGUUUGGCCGUCUCGAAAGAACAACUACUUCCCGUUCCAUGUUCGAGCGAAUAAAAUCGUGCCACGGGGAGAAAAUCCCAGCUACCCUCAUCACGCAUAUGCACCCACCUCUGACAACAACAAUUUCUCAAAUGCUAACACGAUCGAGGCCUUGAAAGAGGCCUACAAAGAAAUGACUGCUGUUUCUUCGUGAAGCGACGACUGCCGGGCUACUCGAAGAUGACUCACGCGUUACCUACUUUCCAAUCUAGAGGCGGCUAUCGGAGGAAACGGAAACUGAGGCUCCACGGAGCUCUCAAUCGACCCUCUGACUUCUCCCCUGAAUCCUCCCAGGGUUGUUAUUCUUGCGGAUGUUCCAACUUCAGCAUCGCACAAUGUAUAAAGGAAACUCAAAUCGGGGAAUCGAAUAAAAAGACAUACUCAUUGGCG